AUGGCCGACGUAGCCAUGGAUAUCCUUUUCUUAAUAUUCCUUCUCUUUGGCCAGUUGGUGUCUGGUCUACGGUACGAUGCAAAGUUGACCGACUACAAUAUCAACGAGAACAAGACCGCAACAGAAGUACUUGAUUACUCAGGCAAAUGGCCCGGACACACAUACAACCCUUCGCCUUCAAAUUGGAGGUUUCCGUUUUACACGCUAUUCCUCGAUCGAUUUGCCGACGGCGACCCCGAGAACAAUGAUAUAAAUGGCACUGUUUUCGAGACCGACACGUUCUCAAAUCAACUUCGAUUCGGUGGAGAUCUGGCCGGUCUGGAGGAGAAUCUGGAUUACAUACAGGGCAUCGGGAUCAAGGGAGUCUAUAUCGCCGGCACUCCAUUUGAAAACUUUCCUUGGAAGUCGGAUAGCUACUCGCCCCUCGAUUUCAGCUUGCUGGACAAACAUUAUGGCACCAUUCAACAAUGGAGAUCGGCGAUCGACGAGAUUCACCGGCGCGGGAUGUUCGUGAUGAUAGACAGCACCUAUGGCACUAUGGCAGAUUUGCUUGGGUUUGAAGGUUUCCUGAACAGCAGCGCCCCCUUGAACCCACUUGAAUACAGAACCGUCUGGAAAGGAGACGAGAGAUAUUCAGACUUUGCUCCCAGCAAUACUUACAAGGAGCAAUGCAAGUACCCCACGUUUUACGGCGAACUGGGAUUUCCCAUCUCGAACACGUCUGACCCCCUUCUGGCGCAAUUCAAGGGCUGCUAUGAUAGUGAAUUUGAUCAGUACGGCGCGAUCGACUCUGUGAGCCUCACCCCGGACUGGCAUAAGUCUUUGACCAAAGCAGGCUUGGUGCAAGACCGGCUACGAGAAUGGAUCCCUUCUGUGAGGAAGAAGAUUGAGCAUUUCACCUGCAUGUUGAUAACAUCGUUGGACAUCGACGCACUCCGGUUUGACAAGGCAGGUCAGGUCACCGUGGAUGCUUUUGUCAGCAGCUCUCAAGCUAUUCGCGAAUGUGCAGCUAGCCUGGGCAAGGACAACUUCUUCAUCGGAGGUGAGUUGACAGCAAGCAACUCAUAUGCGUCAAUCUAUUUGGGACGUGGGCGUGAGCCGGGUAUGAGGCCUCAGAGCCAGAAAGAGGGUAUUUCUCUCACCAAUGCUUCAAGCGAUCGGUAUUUCCUCCGAGAGCCCGAGAAGCACGGUGCAGAUGCAGCAGUGUUCCACUACAGCAUCUAUCGUGCUCUGGCCAGAUUCCUGGGCAUGGAUGGAAACUUCACGGCACCGGACGACUUGAGUGUCAACUUCGUCGACGCGUGGAACGACAUGCUGAUCACGAACGAUCUGAUCAAUGCCAACACUGGGAAGUUUGAUCCGAGACACAUGAUGGGAACUGCCAAUCAAGACACAUUUCGUUGGCCGUCUCUUAAGCAAGGCACAGAGAAGAUGCUUCUUGGGCAAUUCAUCACGUCGAUCCAUAUGCCUGGAAUUCCAGUCUUGCUUUGGGGUGAAGAGCAGGCGUUCUAUAUCCUUGACAGUACAAGUCCACUCGGCCUUUUUGGUCGACAGCCAAUGACCUCUGCACCAUCCUGGCAGACACAAGGUUGCUAUGGAUUGGGCUCGAGUCAAUAUCGGGACUUUCCACUUGAAGCUGCGUUGACGGGAUGCCAAGACGAUGAGGUCAGCAAGGAUCACCGCGACCCCACACACCCAGUGCGCAACAUCAUUAAGGCAUUCUACUACCUUCGCGAGAAGUUCCCUGCGCUGAAAGAUGGGUAUUAUCUUCAAAGCUUGUCGAGAAAAAUCCACAAUGUCACACUCCCAGGGUCUGGUGGCACAGAAACCGAGUUGGGAAUAUGGAGUGUCCUACGCGAUCAGUACCCUGAGGUGAAUGAGCUUGACCCGUCUAACAAGACUGCGGUUUGGCUUGUUUAUCACAACGAAAAUAGCACAGUCACAUAUGACUUCGACUGCACAUCGCCGGUGAAGAGCUUCCUCGCACCCUACAAGAGCGGAACCCAAGUCAAGAAUUUGCUGGCACCCUUCGACGAGCUUACCUUGGAGCCGAGUCAGGUCAAGCUAGGAAUCCAUGGCUCCCAGGAUACCAAUGGCUGCCUAAAUCAAACUACGUUGCAAGCCUUUGAAUUCAGAGUCUAUGUGCCGAAAACACAAUGGAUUCCUCCCCCAGUGGUGAUGACUGGAUUCAUCCCCGGCCAUGACGCUAGAAUUGAGUCAAAUACGACAGCUACAGAUGAACAGAGUGUUGAGAUUGAAAUGCGAUUCUCGGAGAAACUCGACUGUGACGCGGUGUCCAAGAGCCUGACGAUAUCAUCGACAACACAAAGUGGCACAGCGGUGAACUUGAACGCAGAAAGCGCGUCUUGUGAAUUGAUCGAAGCCGAGAAGACAAAAUACACUGGGCAAAUCCCAUCGGCAUGGUCCUGGAAAGCAACUCUCGACAACGUUACUCACGGGAUCCAUGUUCUUACCGUCAAAAAUGCCUCGACGGCAACGAAAUCCCGUUUCACAAACUCUGUUGAUCGGCUGGUGUUCCGCAUCGGGCGCAAAGACAAUCCCAUGGUAUUCCCGAUGUCAGCAAACUACACGGACACUGGAUUGACCAAGUUCACCAACAAAGGUGGCUUUUUGGUGAAGCACAAAGCUCCUGGUGCGGAUAAGUGGCGAUACACAACCAAUUGGGGGAGCUCUUGGAGUUCUUGGAGAGCUUACCAGGGCGGGUCGAGUGAAAUAGACAACCUCCCUUGGUCUGGGACCAAGAAACAAGAAUGGGAUGGAGACCAUGUCAUUCUGCAGUACUGGAGCAAAGCAGCUGGAAGUGGCCAGCACAUUCAACACAUGGAUACUCGCAAGUCCGACAAGGCUCAGAGGCGAUUCCCGCACAUGUUUGCAUUUGGCGACUUCAAUCGCUUUGGCAAGGACAUUGGGCUCAAAAAUGUUUUUUCCAAUGACCGCACCGGCACUUGGAAGUUUCACCUGUCAGCUGAGUGGCCAUCUACAUUCCAGGUGAAUGUCUGGGGAGUCAACCCUGACAAGGAAAUUGAUCGCACAUUCGUGUUUGGGGACACUUUGAACAGCAGUCGACUGAAUCGCUUGCAGCCGGACUCACUCUCGGUUGCUGAAAAUGUGGUCAACUUCUCCCAGUUCCCACCAGCACCCUAUAUGGCCUACCGCAUGGAAUUGAACGAUGGAAACAUGCGCUUUGAACUUGUUCCUGCCGGCCUCCGGCUCCAUCAGCAAGUUCUGUACAUAUUGCUAUGGAUAGUCCCGGUUCUCACUGCCGGACUCAGCGUUUGGGUUUACAUGGGUGCAUUUUACCAUGUCAGCUUCAACCGUACCGGCGUCAGUCUACCGCUACAUUUCCUUCCUGCUUUUCUGCGACCCCGCCAAGGGUUUGAGAAGAUCAGUGGUGAAGAUUAUGGCGGGAAUGCCAUGACCGAAAUGAAAUUGUCGAACGCUGCAGGUGUCAUCCCUUUGGCUGUCGCUGGAGCGACUAAGAAAAAGCGGACAGUCCUCUUGGCAACCAUGGAGUAUGACAUCGAAGAUUGGAAGAUCAAAAUCAAAAUCGGCGGACUCGGUGUCAUGGCACAACUGAUGGGGAACAAUCUUCCCCACCACGACUUGAUCUGGGUGGUACCCUGUGUCGGCGGAGUCGACUAUCCAAUCGAUACACUAGCGGAGCCCAUGUCCAUCACGAUCGUCGACACUGUCUACGAAGUCCAGGUGCAAUACCACAAGUUGCGAAACAUCACUUAUGUAUUGCUGGAUGCCCCUAUAUUCCGCCAGCAAACAAAGUCAGACCCUUAUCCUCCUCGCAUGGAUGAUCUUGAGAGUGCAAUCUACUACAGUGCCUGGAAUAGCUGUAUAGCUGAGACAAUCAAGCGAUUCUCAGGAACCAUCGACAUCUAUCACAUCAACGACUAUCACGGCGCAGUGGCACCGCUCUACCUACUUCCAGGGACCAUCCCAUGCUGUCUAUCCUUGCAUAAUGCAGAGUUCCAAGGCCUGUGGCCGCUUCGUGAUGACAAAGAGAUGGAGGAAAUAAGCAAGGUUUUCAACCUCGAUGUCGCCAUCAUUCGCAAAUACGUACAGUUUGGCGAGGUUUUCAAUCUUCUUCAUGCUGGAGCCAGCUAUCUCCGUGUUCACCAGCGCGGCUUUGGUGCGGUUGGGGUAUCCAACAAAUAUGGCGAUCGGUCUUACGCAAGAUACCCAAUUUUCUGGGGAUUGAAGGAAAUCGGCAAGCUUCCUAACCCGGACCCGUCUGACACAGAGCCCUGGGACCCCGAGGCAGAAGCACGGCAGGUAAUUGAAGUUGAUCAGGCCUAUGAAAGCUCUCGUGGUGAGGACCGUCGUCAAGCACAGCAGUGGGCAGGACUCAAAGUUGACCCCACCGCUGAGUUGUUUGUCUUCGUCGGCCGAUGGUCAGUACAGAAAGGCGUUGACCUCAUCGCCGACGUCUUCCCUGCGAUUAUGGAGCGACAUUCCAAUGUGCAGUUGAUCUGCAUCGGUCCAGUGAUUGACAUGUACGGAAAGUUCGCUGCUCUAAAGUUGCAGGAAAUGAUGACUGUCUACCCGAAGCGGGUAUUCUCUAAGCCAGAGUUUACUGCCUUGCCUCCGUUCAUCUUCACAGGUGCUGAAUUUGCUCUGAUUCCCUCUCGUGAUGAACCGUUUGGUCUAGUGGCAGUUGAGUUCGGUCGAAAAGGAGCCCUCGGUGUCGGGGCUUUGGUCGGUGGACUCGGACAGAUGCCAGGCUGGUGGUUCCCUGUUGAGUCUAUGACAGUGAAGCAUCUCCAGAAGCAAUUCAAAUCGGCAAUCGAAAGCGCGAUAUCUUCGAAACAGAAAGACAGGGCCCUGAUGCGGGCAAGUUCAGCCAAGCAACGAUUCCCCGUGGCUCGAUGGGUCGAAGAUCUUGAUCACUUACAACUACGCUCGAUUCGCAUGCAUGAGCAAGAGAAUGAUCCCUCUCGAAAGAAACGAUCAAGUAUCUUGCAUACCAGGAACUUCAGCCAGAUUUCACUUUCCUCGGUCCCGGUUCCAAGUCCCAGCCUGGACAUAAACCCUAUGUCAAGGUCUUCCCAGCCUCACAUUCCAGAUGAGGGCUUGAAUCGCUCGUUCUCGCUCGGUGUGCGUUCUGGCCCAGGCCAUCAACCGAGACGAACUGUUUUACACGAGGGCACUGCCUUGACUCCCAGGUUAGAGGAAAUUGCCGAUCCGGAUGAGCAGCCCAUAUCGCCGGAAGAGGCUGAAGCGAUUGUGGAGCAAGAGAUGCGAGCUCUUUCGUCAUCUCCACAUGAUAAUUCGGAGGAGGCUCGACGAGGACGUUCUCUAUCUGGAACUUUGGCUCAACCCCCAACAGCAGCAGGCCUAGGAAUCGAUAUUGCCCAUUCAACGUCGAGAAGAGGCAGGCUGAGAUCAUCUUCGGUCCUAAGCGUGGAUCAAAUUAAGGGAACGCGUCAAAGCUUCUCCUUGGAGAACGCAGACCCAACCUUCAAAGACGAAACCGGGAAAUAUGCACGCUACUUCCAAGGCAUGCUGCAGCGGUUGACAGGCAAGAACUCAGAGAGCGAGCUUUGCAUCGAGGAUUAUAUCGUCAAUAGCGAGAAGGAAUGGUCUGACAACCAACGCCAGAUCAAGCUAGGUCCUAGGUCCAGCCGCAGUCCAUCUCCUUAUGCCGGAUCGCGAAGCUCGCCAUCUCUUACCGAUCAAGCGGACGGUGAUCUCGACCAUGCAUCUGACUGGGAGGACUUGUCGACACAGGAGCUUUUGCGACCGGAAACAUCCCGGCGACCGUCUUUAAUUCAACGCUGGCUGCUAGCUCGCGUGUUUGACUGGCCAGUCUACUCGAUACUUCUAGCCUUGGGUCAAAUUAUGGCAGCCAACUCCUCUCAAAUUACACUCCUCACAUCAGGGGCAGGUCAAAGCCCAGUCAUUCUAUACGUUAUGGGGAGCAUAUACAUUGUCUCAACUUGUGUGUUGUGGCUUGCAUUCCGGCGCGUCCCUUCGGUCUAUCUACUUUCCCUUCCUUUCAUCUUGUACGGCUUCGCAUUCUUUGUUAUUGGAAUUGCAGCUUUCGUUCCGGUUGGUACCGGUCAAAAUUGGGCCUAUCAUGUCGCCACUGCGCUCUAUAUCAUCGGCUCUUCUAGUGGCUAUUUGUUCUUUUCCCUCAAUUUUGGAGACGAUGGUGGUUCGAAGAUUGAGUCCUGGGUUUAUCGCGCCUGCAUUAUCCAAGGCACACAGAACCUUUACAUCGCUGCACUUUUCUUCUGGGGCGCUGAAAUGGCCGCAGGAAAUGGCAACGGGAUCGUCGAGUCCGCAGGAACUGCUGCAGCUAUCACGAUGCCAAUUGGGGCAUUGUUGAUUGCUGUGGCAGUGGCACUGUUUUUAGGAUUGCCGAGUUACUACCGUCAGACUCCAGGCAAGAUCCCGGCCUUCUACAAGAGCAUUCUUCGGCGCAAGAUCAUCAUUUGGUUCUCAGUAUCGAUCGUUUUGCAAAAUUACUUCCUCAGCAUGCCUUACCAACGGAAUUGGAACUACUUCUGGGCAUCCAAAUAUGUCCCGCGCUGGGGAGUGUUCUUGCUCGCUGUGCUUUUCUUCAUUGGAGUCUGGUACAUCCUACUCGCAAUCCUUGCCUGGCGAUCCAAGACUCACUCAUGGAUCGUGCCCAUUUUCGCCAUCGGUCUUGGUGCUCCUCGGUGGGCUCAAAUGCUCUGGAGCACGUCUGGGAUCGGGUGGUGGGUGCCGUGGAUGGUUGGCGGGCCCCAGGGUUAUGCGAUCGGUGCCCGGGCAGUUUGGCUAUGGCUUGGUGUCUUGGAUUCUAUCCAGGGUGUUGGCUUUGGCAUGAUUCUAUUACAGACCCUUACCCGUAUUCAUAUCGCCGCCUCGCUAUGUGCCGCGCAGUUGAUUGGCACAGUGACAACUUUGGUCGCCCGUGCCACUGCGCCAAAUCGUGACGGACCUGGAGAUGUGUUCCCGGAUUUUUCGGCGGGAAUCAUGGAGGGUAUCUCCAAACCGUGGUUUUGGAUUGCAUUGGGCUGCCAGUUGGCGAUUCCAAUAGGCUUCUUCAUGUUCUUCCGCAAGGAGCAACUGAAUAAGCCAUGA